AUGGGAACCAGGGCCAUGGACGUCAUCAAGAACCUUGCUGGCUCUCGUCUCUGCUUGUCUGUGCAUGCUGGGCAUGUCUACGGCACACAGGAUCCUUCUCAUGGUCUGGAGUGGGUGCCCAUCCAUGCACAGCCAGGUCUGGGCCUCCUAGUUGGAUUUGGCCCUAGCCUAGGCCAUUUCUUCCUGGUUGAUGUGACUUAUGCUGUGCCCUCCUGACGCCAUCUCCAGCUGUUCAUCUCUCCACCCCUCUUUGUCUUCUUCAUCUACUCCAGGUUCUUCACUGAGUCUGCCCUCUGGUGCUCCCCCUGUGGGAGGCUGGACCUCACCCUGAAGGCCCUGCAGAGAGUGGCCCGGAUGAAUGGGAAACAGGAAGAGGAUACCAAGCUGAGUAUGGAGGUGCUCCAGACCAUUCUGCAGAAGCACCUGACCAUGGGCCAAGCCCAUCCCCCCAUGUUGCAGCUGCUGCGCUCCCCUGCCGUUCACCACCUCUUCCGCCUCACACCACUGUGGUCUGCAUUCUUCUUCAGUUUCUAUGGCUUGGUCAUAAGUCUGCAAAGUCUGGGGAUCAACAUCUACUUAAUCCAGUUGCUGUCAGGGAUCUGCCUUCUGGCUUGUGCAAUAGUACCCCAGACCCAGUUACUCCUUCACAUCACAAUGGCCAUGUUAGGAAAAGGCUGCAUCACUGGCUCUAUAAACUGCAUCUAUGUGUACACAAGGGAGCUAUAUCCCACAGUAAUGCAGCAGAGGGGUAGGGGAAUGACAACAACUUUGGCCAAUGUAGGCAUCAUCCUGUGCCCACUGGUGGGCAUGACUGCUGCAUUCUACCCUUCCCUGCCUAUCUUCAUCUACAGUGUGGUCCCAGUGACUGUCAGAAUCAUCACUGUCCUCCUGCCAGAGACCCUGGGCGAGGCACUGCCCAACACAGUGUGGGACCUGGAGAGAAGGUGGAAAGAGAAACAGGGGCGACAGCAGCAGGAGCAGCAGCUGGUCCCACCCCAGGCUCACGUCCCUGGGCGUGACUCCGCUGUGCAGAGCCGGGGAGAAGCCUCGCGGGCCCGGACCUCAGGUCCCGCCCUAAGCCCCGUGGGCUGCAGCGCUUUCACGUGGGACCUAGACCGGGGCCCGGGCGCGUAUACCCUGUGGCGGACAGCUCGGGGGCCCAGUGUCAUUGACCAAGUCAAGCAGAGUGGACACAUCAAUCAGGUUUUUCCAGCUGCUUUUUGGCCACAGAGAUUUGAGCGGGAGGCAGGGGCCUCCAUAGCGCGGGGGCACGUCUCCUUCGUCGGGCGGGGACAGAGGACUCGCAGGGACGCCCUGUGCGAACGCAGCUCCUCUUCAGGGCCGGGUCCCACGGGGAGUCAAACUCGCCCAGGAGUCGUCGUCUCAGGUGCUGGCAGUCACCGCCCCCGGCCUGACCCCGGGCGCUACGUUGUCAACCGGAUUGGAGGUAUUUCUACCCCCCAUGUCAUUGAUGAAGAAACUGAGGCUGAGCAAAGAGGGGCACUGACUUGCUCGGCGCUGUUCAGCUACAAAAAGGAUGAGCUGGAUUUGCACCCUGGGCAGCCUCUCUGCUCCUCCACGUCAGCCACGUGUACGCGCACAAGUACACGCUGCCCCACGGCGCGCACGAGCCGCAGCCGCAAACCCACGACAGUCCAGCAGGGGGCGGCCCGAAUCCGCGCCCACGGGCAGGGACUGGUCGAGUUAUGA